AUGGCUCCGGUACGGUCGCGUUUGACGUUGAAAAAUAAAAUCGACAUAAUAAAAUGUUAUGAUGCAAAAAAACAAAGUGUUCGUGAAUUAGCGACUCAAUUUAAAGUUGGUAAAACUCAAAUUGGAACCAUACUCAAGUCCCGGGUAGAUCUAUUGCGUAAAUGGUGUGAUGAAAACGUGAAUGGAGAGACAAAAAAGAAUUUUAUUGAAGGUAAGGGCUUUGAAAUAGACCAUGUGUGUUAUGAAUGGUUCUGCCGCGUCCGUGCUAAAAAUUUGCCUAUCUCUGGUCCUCUCAUACAGCAAAAAGCUAUAGAAAUUGCUAAAACUUUGGGUAGAACUAAUUUUAAAGCGUCUAAUGGAUGGCUCGAAAAAUUUCGCAAACGUCACAAUAUUGCUUAUAAAGCUAUCUGUGGAGAAAGUAGUUCCGUUGACCAUGAUAUUGUGGACGACUGGAAUAAUAAAUUAGUCGAAAUAUGUGAAGGAUUUAUUCCAAAAAAUAUUUUUAAUUUAGAUGAAACUGGCUUAUUUUUUCGUGCUUUACCCAAUAAAACAAUGUGUCUCAAAGGUGAGAACUGCAGUGGUGGAAAAAUAAGUAAAGAACGAAUUACAGUUAUGUUGUGUGUUAAUAUGGAAGGCGAUUUUGAAACACCUUUGGUGAUUGGAAAGGCGUUAAAACCCCGGUGUUUUAAGAACAUAAUCGUCAACGAUCUUGGAGUAACGUGGAAGGCUAAUCGUAAAGCUUGGAUGACACAAGAAUUAAUGAAAGAAUGGUUAUCGAAUUUCGAUAGAAAAAUGCAAGGCCGGAAGAUUAUCCUUUUUCUUGAUAAUGCGACUAGUCAUCCUCAUUUGAAUUUACAGAAUGUGAAACUCGCAUUCUUUCCACCAAAUGUAACUUCAACUUGCCAACCUCUUGACCUAGGCAUUAUAAAAAAUUUCAAAACUCAUUACCGCAUAAAUCUUUUAAAACACGUAAUUUCGUCUAUAGAUAACGAAAAUAUAAAAAAACCAAAUGUGACAGUUCUUGAGGCAGUUAUGUGGACUACAGCAGCUUUAAAAAAAAUAAACAAGGAAACGGUCACUAAAUGUUUCAUAAAAGCCGGGUUUCCGGGGUCAGAUAAUAUUGGUAAAUUAACACAAGUAGAGGAUCUGAGUAAUGAGUUAACGAAACUAGUUUCAACAAUAUAUCCAACAAAUGCACAGGACUAUUCGUCAAUAGAUGAAUGCUUACAAACCGAAGACUUAUCAUUGAACAUUGAAGACAUAAUCAAUGAUGGCAUGAGUGAGGAUGAAAGUCAUGACGUGGAACAAGAAGAAGAUAGUACAGACGGUGUAGACGAAGAAAAAAUAACACUCAAAGAAGCAUUACAGUUAGCGAAUAAACUGAAGACGUUUUGUCUCAAUAAGAGUGAUGCAGUUUCAUUGUCACUAGUUAAUCAACUCCAGUCUAAUUUUGAGGCAAUUGCAAUACAAGAAAAAAAACAAACUAAAAUUUCGGAUUUUUUUUUCAAUAAGUAA